GGUGGAAGCCUCAUCCCUGGAGAAAAUACAGAGGACAUUCUCGUGAUAUAUGAGCAAGAAGCAGAAGAGUGGGCUCUGUACUUAAAAUCUCUUUUUGGACACAUAGUGAACGAAGGAGGAAUAUUACUCUACAAUCUAGAGACUUCAUCUUUCAAGCACCAGGAGCUAGACUCUUUACCCUGUUAUAAAUGUAAAGUCCUGAUACUCUCAUGUGGCCUUCUGAACUGCCUAAAUCGAAAGAGAAGUUAUUUUUUGGAACGUGUUCUAAACCCUGCAGAUCAUGUGGUUAUUCUGCUUUGUGGGGUGGAGAAUUCAGAGAUUCUUUAUGACCUACUGACCUUAGACGGAGGCAUCCAAGAGAUUUCCACUGACCAGGAACCUGAGGAAUAUCUCUCUGUUGUUUCUGGGAUUAUUCAAACAGGUAAACCACAUAAUGAAAAUCCUGGAGACUCUUUGUCUUGCAUCUAUGAAGCAGUUCUUGCAGACGAUCACAAGACUAGCUCUGAUGUUAACUUACCAGAUGUCAGGGGAGCAUCAGAAGAAACAGACCUCAGUUUUAAGACAGAGGUACUUUCUGAAACAUUAGAAACUAACAAGCAGUCGAUAUUGGUGCUGCCAGGAAGAAUAUCGUGUGAGAACCCUGGUGAAAUAUUCAUUUUGUUGAGAGAUGAAAUAGAUGACGAAACCCUAGAAAUUGAAUUCAUAGCAGAUAAUCAACAAACUAGGCUACAGCCAGCCUCUUGGAAUAAGAAGGUCAAGUAUGUGAAAGCCUUAGAUUUUCCUGCUGGCCCUGUAUAUGUAAAUGUCUACUGUGGAGGAGUCAUUAAGACCACAGCGCAGAUCGAGUACUAUACUGCACUAGAGGAAAUUGAGUACAUUUUCAAGAAAGUGGCUGACCCAAUAGCUUUCACUUGUCAGGCUUUCAAAUUUUCUUCUGUGGAGAAGCUGGACAAUGUUCUGACUUUCUUAUUGAAAAGCAAAAUACCUGCCUAUGAAUUCAGCCCAUUCCUAAAUGAAGAAAAUCCCCAUCAAGAAGCUAAUAGUUAUUUGGAAGAAUUUCCUACUCUCCUUCACUGUGCAGCCAGAUUUGGAUUAAAGAACCUUGCAACAUCUCUGCUCGAUUGUCCUGAGGCCAUGUGGGCUUGCAAAAUAACCAACAAAUAUGGAGAUGAUCCAGCAAGUAUUGCUGAGAAGCAUGGGCACAGGGAACUAAGAAAGUUAAUUGAAGAAUCAUCAAUGCACGGAGCUGAUAAUUUCACCAGCUGCGAGGAGGAAGCCACAGACGAUGACACUUACAUGCUUAUGUUGGGCUCAGAAACUCAACCAGCCAUGACAUUAAAAGCCAAGCAGAACCUAGGAGAUCAGUAUGGAAUUGGAUCAAGAUGCCAUCAAGAAGCUGAGGUGGAUGAGGAAGAGAAAGAUGAUGUAGAAGACAGCAGAGAGGAGACAGAAUAUGAAGAUGGAGAGGAGGGUUCGUACAGCUUUCACAACAGCCCUGACAGUUUGUAUGCCAGCAUACUUGAUAAUCUCCAAGAGAACAGAAGAGCCUGUUUUUUCUUUAAGAGGCCACCCCCUCCUCCUCCUCCUCAAAAUCUGCCUGGCAUCCUAAGACAGGACAAUCUACACAGUUUAUCACAAGGGAGGAAUGGGCUCAUAACAGACCAAGAGACAUGUGAGGGGGAUGAUGAGGAGGAAGACCCAUACGCUUCUGCAGACCUGGAGGAAUCUCUGUAUGAUUUCAUACUGGCGGAGGAGGGGGAGAAAAGGAAAGAGCGCAGAUCCUUCAUCAUGAACAGGCCACCAGCCCCUGCCCCUCGUCCCAUGUGUUCACCAGUCAGAGAGGAGAACACUCCCUAUAUAGUACAAGUGUUUCAGCAAAAGGCCGCUCAAGUGCCCAGUGAAAACAACAGGAUCUACUGCCAUGCCAGGAAGCCUGGUUUUAUAGCAGCACAGAGAGGCCAUCCUGACACAGUAACUGACAGCACUGUGAAACACAGCCUGCCUGCUGAGCAGGAGGAACUCAUCCACUUGCAGGAGCAGGUGAAGAGGGGAAACAUUUCCGUGGAUGAAGCCCUUGACAGAUUUAAACAGUGGCAGAAUGAAAACCAGAGACGACAGACCGCUCAACAGGAAAAAGUGCACCACCUUCGAGACACCUCUGCCGGAAACAGACUAGAAAAAGAGAAUCUAAAUGCUCCUACAGAAAGCAGACCAGAGAGCAUUCCUUUUCGAGACUUUCUGUUCCACAUGCCCUUUAAUAAAGCCGCUCCAACUAAGAACCUAACAGACAAAGAACAGAUGCCUAAUUAA